AUGGAGAUAGGUUCUACAAGCCUGUUCAGCUACAAAAAUGCCUUAAAUAACUUUGAUGGUUCGGGCAUUUGGCCGAACCCGAACCCCGAACCGGAGUUCAGUUCGGUUCAGUUCGGGUUCGAACCGAUUUCCGAACCGAACCCUGAGAGCACUAUCCGGGAGCGAGGGACAAGACUGUCAGCUCUUUGUCAGUUCCUCAAGCAACAUGUGAAAGAUUACAACUCGCCGGACGCCAGAGGACAUCAAGAGCGAUGGAUUAUCAAAUUGACCGUAGCAGCGAAGGCGACAGGAGCAAAGAUCCCGGAUUCUGAAGACCAUGCACCAGAGAUAGAGGACACCACACAAACUCCAGCCAAAUGCAUUCGCGCCUCGCCUUCCCAUGUCAUUGACUUGAGCAAGGACUCGGAUGACGAUUCCGGCACUAUAGCAUCCACUGUGCCUCGGGUAUCCGUUGCAAAGCCAAAACCUGCCCCAGCCAAGCUUCGACAAAAAACUCUCUUCGAAAUGGGCGCACAAAAACUGGAUCAGAAAGAAGCGAAGAACCACUGGGACCGGGAGCGGGGGGGAGCAAAGGAGAGGAUGGCCCGUGCGGCGCAGGACAAGAAGGAAUUGGUGGAGAGGAAGCGGAAGAAGAUUCAGGAGCAGACUCGAGAGAGGGUCCAAAAGCAUCGCGCACAUAAGAAGUCAGGCUCCAAGAGCACGGCAAAGAGGGUGAAGGUUGCAACACUGUAUGCAGUGAGCAGUGGGACGUCGAUAUCAGAUACGGCGGAGCUUUUGCGACCUGGGAUGACGAAGUGGAUGAAGAGGAACGGGACAAAGAAUGGGGUGAUACGCACCAAGCACCGUCGUGUGAAUUGGUACCAUCCGUUGCUGUGGUGUGGGAUUGACGAGAUGGCCCCACGUGUUGGAUGGUCUCCCACCAUGCUUGUCAACGUCCUUCAGAGGCAGAAUCCAGCACUGUACAAACACUUGCAUAAAGGCACUGUGCAGAAGUGGAUGAAGCGCAAGUCACCAAAUGGAGGAUGGAGCCAGAAAACGCUGGAUAACGUGGCACGACGGCAUGUUCUUGGUGGCACGGGGCGCGUUGGAAUACUGAGCCUGUUCCCGGAGGUGGUCGCUGAGAUCAAGAAGGCCCUGGAAGACCUUCGAGGCUCUGGCAUUGCCGUUGGUCGGAUGCUCACGCGGUCAAUCAUCUUGGCGAUCAUCAAAACAAGACAGUCACAUUUACUCGAGAACUUCAAAUGCAGCGAAAGCUAUGUGAGCGGUUUCCUGCAGAGCGUGAUGAAUUGGAGUUUGCGCACUGGCACCCAUGCCGCUGCGCACUUGCCUGAGAACUGGGAGCUCGCUGGCGUCAAAACAUUCUUUCGCAUCGUCCAUCUCAUCAAUUACUACGACAUUCCUCCGUCCCUGAUAAUCAACAUGGACCAAACGGGGGUUAUGCUCAUGAUUGCAAACAGCAAGUCUUACGAUGAACGUGGCACGAAGCAGGUGGAUAUUCAGGGAAGGGAUGAGAAGCGGGCUUACACCUUAGUGGUUGCGAGCACACCAAAUGGAGAUCUUCUCCCAUUCCAACAAGUCUGGUCCGGCGCCUCGCCCAAGUCUCUCCCAGCUGCGGACGCACCCGGAAUGGCAGAGGCUCACCUUGGUCAGGCCGCCUACCCUACCCAAAUGGUAGAAACUUUUAGUGAAUAG